AUGGAGGUGCAGGGGGAGGAGAGGAGGAGGUACACUCACUGUGGGAUGGAGGUGCAGGGGGAGGAGAGGAGGAGGUGCACUCACUGUGGGAUGGAGGUGCAGGAGGAGGAGAGGAGGAGGUACACUCACUGUGGGAUGGAGGUGCAGGAGGAGGAGAGGAGGAGGUGCACUCACUGUGGGAUGGAGGUGCAGGGGGAGGACAGGAGGAGGUGCACUCACUGUGGGAUGGAGGUGCAGGGGGAGGAGAGGAGGAGGUGCACUCACUGUGGGAUGGAGGUGCAGGAGGAGGAGAGGAGGAGGUACACUCACUGUGGGAUGGAGGUGCAGGGGGAGGAGAGGAGGAGGUGCACUCACUGUGGGAUGGAGGUGCAGGGGGAGGAGAGGAGGAGGUGCACUCACUGUGGGAUGGAGGUGCAGGAGGAGGAGAGGAGGAGGUACACUCACUGUAAGAUGGAGGUGCAGGGGGAGGAGAGGAGGAGGGUGCACUCACUGUGGGAUGGAGGUGCAGGGGGAGGAGAGGAGGAGGUGCACUCACUGUGGGAUGGAGGUGCAGGGGGAGGAGAGGAGGAGGUGCACUCACUGUGGGAUGGAGGUGCAGGGGAGGAGAGGAGGAGGUGCACUCACUGUGGGAUGGAGGUGCAGGAGGAGGAGAGGAGGAGGUGCACUCACUGUGGGAUGGAGGUGCAGGAGGAGGAGGAGAGGAGGAGGUGCACUCACUGUGGGAUGGAGGUGCAGGGGGAGGAGAGGAGGAGGUGCACUCACUGUGGGAUGGAGGUGCAGGGGGAGGAGAGGAGGAGGUACACUCACUGUGGGAUGGAGGUGCAGGGGGAGGAGAGGAGGAGGUGCACUCACUGUGGGAUGGAGGUGCAGGAGGAGGAGAGGAGGAGGUACACUCACUGUGGGAUGGAGGUGCAGGAGGAGGAGAGGAGGAGGUGCACUCACGUGUGGGAUGGAGGUGCAGGGGGAGGACAGGAGGAGGUGCACUCACUGUGGGAUGGAGGUGCAGGGGGAGGAGAGGAGGAGGGGGAGGAGAGGAGGAGGUACACUCACUGUGGGAUGGAGGUGCAGGGGGAGGAGAGGAGGAGGUGCACUCACUGUGGGAUGGAGGUGCAGGAGGAGGAGAGGAGGAGGUACACUCACUGUGGGAUGGAGGUGCAGGAGGAGGAGAGGAGGAGGUGCACUCACUGUGGGAUGGAGGUGCAGGGGGAGGACAGGAGGAGGUGCACUCACUGUGGGAUGGAGGUGCAGGGGGAGGAGAGGAGGAGGUGCACUCACUGUGGGAUGGAGGUGCAGGAGGAGGAGAGGAGGAGGUACACUCACUGUGGGAUGGAGGUGCAGGGGGAGGAGAGGAGGAGGUGCACUCACUGUGGGAUGGAGGUGCAGGGGGAGGAGAGGAGGAGGUGCACUCACUGUGGGAUGGAGGUGCAGGAGGAGGAGAGGAGGAGGUACACUCACUGUAAGAUGGAGGUGCAGGGGGAGGAGAGGAGGAGGUGCACUCACUGUGGGAUGGAGGUGCAGGGGGAGGAGAGGAGGAGGUGCACUCACUGUGGGAUGGAGGUGCAGGGGGAGGAGAGGAGGAGGUGCACUCACUGUGGGAUGGAGGUGCAGGGGGAGGAGAGGAGGAGGUGCACUCACUGUGGGAUGGAGGUGCAGGAGGAGGAGAGGAGGAGGUGCACUCACUGUGGGAUGGAGGUGCAGGAGGAGGAGAGGAGGAGGUGCACUCACUGUGGGAUGGAGGUGCAGGGGGAGGAGAGGAGGAGGUGCACUCACUGUGGGAUGGAGGUGCAGGGGGAGGAGAGGAGGAGGUACACUCACUGUGGGAUGGAGGUGCAGGAGGAGGAGAGGAGGAGGUGCACUCACUGUGGGAUGGAGGUGCAGGAGGAGGAGAGGAGGAGGUGCACUCACUGUGGGAUGGAGGUGCAGGAGGAGGAGAGGAGGAGGUGCACUCACUGUGGGAUGGAGGUGCAGGGGGAGGAGAGGAGGAGGUACACUCACUGUGGGAUGGAGGUGCAGGGGGAGGAGAGGAGGAGGUACACUCACUGUGGGAUGGAGGUGCAGGGGGAGGAGAGGAGGAGGUGCACUCACUGUGGGAUGGAGGUGCAGGCCUCUGCUCUGGGGUCGCUGCAGCAGGCGCAGCAGGUGUGUGACGUGAAGGAAGAACCCGGGUUUGACCUGAGCUUCCAGAGACACAAACCCUGGGAUCCAGGUGUCACGGUGCAGCACGAACGUGGCGGCGUCCCAGAAUGCACUGCUCUCUUGCCACUUCUCCAGGCGCACCUCGCCGCUCGGACUCGCAAACAGGAAGUAGUUUGGGCGAGCGGCGGCUUCAAACGAGACGCAGGAUGA